CUUCUUUUCCGGUCACACCGGCAUCAUGGCGGCGGAGGGAGAUGUGGAGCUGGAGCUGGAGGCGGAGGAAAACUGCGCUCUGUCCGGGAACAAGCCGCAGGAGAAGCCGCGCAAACAUGACAGCGGUGCGGCGGAUCUGGAGCGAGUCACGGACUACGCGGAAGAGAAGGAGAUCAGCAGCGAGGACCUGCAGACGGCGAUGUCUGUGAUCGGAGACAGAAGGUCCAGAGAACAGAAGGCCAAACAGGAACGAGAAAAGGAACUGGCCAAAGUCACCAUCAGGAAAGAGGACGUUGAGCUCAUAAUGUUUGAGUUGGAGAUCUCUCGUGUAGUGGCAGAGCGCUCGCUGAGGGAGCACAUGGGGAACGUGGUGGAGGCUUUGGUCGCUCUCACAAACUGAAAACAACACUUUAAAUAUUCAACACAUUUUUAUAAUAAACUAUUGUCAAAAA